UGACGUAAUAGAUGUGUCUUAAGUGAUUUCCUGUGUGUCCAUUGAUUAGUUUUACACAAAACAUACAGAAAUAGCAGCUGGAAGUAGCAGAAGUGUGUGUGUGUCUGUGUGUGUCUGUGUGUGUGUGCCAUUGACAGCACUAGUUUUAAUGUAUGAUUUUUACUUAUAAACAUAAUAAAACUGCUUAUAGUGCUAAUUAUGUGUCCUUUUAAUUUGCAGGCUUCUUCAACAGGUAAAUAUAUUUUCAUCAUUGUAUCAAGUAAACUGUCCUAAAGGACCUGAAUAUCUGAGUAAACACUGCUGUUUAUGUGACAGAAAAUUCCACAAAUGUGUACUACCUUGAGCUUCGCAUAGAAGAGGCAGCAUAUGAGAAUUUUACAAAGAUGCUUAAAGAACUUACACUGGAUAUAGAUAGCUCAGCAACAGUAGGAAGCCUUAGUGUGACAACAGAUUGUAUUAUGCAGAACAAAAUAGUAAAUUGUACCUGCAACCCAAACAGCAGUUGGAGUGAUGAGGUGUGUCAUAACUACACUGAGUGCUCUGUCCGUGACUGGUGCACAUUUACGACUCCAAACCCCAGGGCUAUGUGUCUCUCUAAAAACAGAGUUCUUGUCAAUGGAUUACUUACCCUUGAUGAACAAUUUCCCACAAAUCAAGAGGAAUUUAAACAUAAAUACACUACUGAGCUGGAAAAGUGGUACAGUAUGUUGGGCUGGUUUGAUUCAGUAAGCAUCACGGGACUCAGGCUUGGUAGUGUGAUUGUAGAAUUUGUGAUGUCAUUUUCAGAGCAGUUUAAUGUGGAUGCCCUUGAGAAGAUAACCAAUGGUUUAAAAAACAACAUCACUGGCGCCAAUAUCAAUCUCACAGUUACAGGAAUCACCCACAUCUCAGGACCCAAAAAAUUAGUUCCUUAUAACACUACUACCAGUCUAACAUGUUCAACAUUAGCGGAUCUGAAAAACCCCACAUGGUUUUUCCUAACAGACACAAAUAAAUUGAAGGAAAUUACCAAUGGGACUGAAGCUAGAGUGGUGCCGAGUUCGAAGCAGAGCACAAUCUAUAUUACUGCAGCUACAGAAGUCUGGAAAGGAACAUAUCACUGUGAAUACAAGUCUGCCACAUUGGACUCCAUCAUAUACAAAGACAGUCUAUAUUUGGACAUAGCACUUUUGCCUGAAAUCCUCAUCAUUAGCUAUCCCCAAUUUCCAAAUUGUAAAAACCAAAUAACAGUUAAUAUUGAGGUUCAGUGUAUAGUACCCAACACCACAGAGAUCUACACAGUUAACUGGACAUCAUUUGUGCCUGUCAGUAAUAAUCCAGUCUCUUUACAGAACGGCCAGAUCGCUUACAAAGCUACAGGUAAAAUCAAUUGUACUGUUGGGGAAUCAGCCGUUUGUAACUGUUCAUUUGAAAAUCGACUAAAUCAGAAGGCAUAUGCCAAUCUGACAAUUCCUAUCAUUCAAGAAAAAUCAGUUGUUUGCAAAGAAGAAGAUGGAUGGCCACAAGCAAAGUCAAACUUCUCUGCUAUUAAGUUCUGUGGUCUUACUGAAGUUGGCCUGGAAACAAGACUGUGCCUGAAUGGGAAGUGGCAGUAUGUUCUUUCUAAGUGUGUGAACAAAGUCCUAUUCAAUAUUUUAACUGAAGCCAAGAACCUUGAAAGAGGGUUUGGGACUGUUGAAAAUGAUGCAGUCAGUCUACUCACCCAAUUAAAGCAGAGAACUGAAGAUACAAGCACUAAAACAUUUCCAAAUGUUAAUGUUUCUGUGGAUGUUCUGUGGACCUUACAGAGUGCUUCCAAAACACAGAAUACUUUACUAAAAAUGAAAUGUUUUCCUGAUUUUGUAAAAUCUUCCAGCAAUCUUUUGAAUGGCAGCCUCAAUGACAGCUGGAAAAAUCCUGAUGGGAAACAUACACUGGCUUUGACAUUUUUGUUUGCUGUAGAAGCCUUCGUAAAGCAAACAAAUCUAACUUCUUCAGAGGACACUGACAUGGCCAAGCUUAAACAAGCAAAUGUUCAAGUGAAAAUAUAUAACACAUCUGACCCAAACUCACAACAAAGCGACGAUAAUUCCAGUGGAUUAUUUACUAAUAGCUUAUCAGGUCUAUAUGUGACAACUAAAUUAUUGAAUCUAGCAAGCAAGUUACCUAACACUCUCAACAAGACAGAAACUAAUCCAACUGAUGUUAUAUUAUCUGUUACAGUGACUGACAACAAUUCCGCAGAGAAUAUCAGAAUGGAAUUUCAAAGUAACAGACUCCCAAAUCAUGAAAUGUACUGUGUGUUUUGGAAUUUUAACACAUCUCAGUGGUCUGACGAAGGGUGUAAAUGGGGAGGUGUAGACAAUCCAAAUAUCUGUGAAUGUGAACACUUGUCUGCUUUUACAAUUCUGAUGGCUAAAGAGCCUAUUAAGUUAUUGUACAACGAAGAGCUAACGUACGCAGGACUGGGUCUCUCAAUCGGUUCUCUCACUCUGUGUUUAGUCAUUGAGUUUUUAGUGUGGAAUGCAGUGGUUAAGUCCAAUAUUGCCCACUUUAGGCACACUGUCUUGGUCAAUAUAAUGGUUUCUUUGUUAAUAGCAGACUGCAGUUUUCUGGCAAGCCCGACUCCAUCCUCAAACCCCUCAAACUGGUGUUUGUCUCUUACAGUUAUGAAGCAUUUUUGCUACUUGGCUGUUUUUUUCUGGAUGAUGUGUCUAGGUUUGGGUCUCCUGCACCAAGUAAUAUUUGUUUUUGUUCACUUGAGGAAAAAGGUGUACUUGGGAUUAUGCUUUUUCCUUGGCUAUGUCUGCCCUUUAAUCAUUGUAGUAGUUACUUUCAUCUCUCAUAACAAUGGUGCUACUGGGAGCUACUAUUCUACAGAAACCUGUUGGUUGAUGUAUAAGGGUGUGUUGAAAGGGUCAAUCUAUGCUUUUCUUUUACCAGUGUUUGUAAUUGUGUUUGUGAACAUGUUCACCAUGGCUAUAGUCAUCUGCAGGAUCCUAAAACCCACUUUAUCAGAAGGAAGCAGUCAUGAUGAGAAGGAGGUUGCGAGAAGCAUUGUUAAAACAGUUGUCCUCCUCACGCCUACCCUUGGAAUAACCUGGAUUCUGGGACUUUUUGUGCUGAUGCUUGACCUCACAAAGCAACCUUAUGCCCAAAUUGUGAAUUAUGCUUUUACAUUUUUCAACUCCUUUCAGGGCUUCUUCAUACUUCUUACAGGAUGUUUUGGAGAGAGAAAGGUUCGAGAUGCAUUGCUCAAACGUUUCAGACCACAGCAAUCAGCAAACUAUAAAAGUGAGAGCUCAAUAAGAGUCACGUCAACAUCCAAAAGAAAAUGAACACAUUACUUGGCAAUGACAUCUUCCACACUGAGAUGGAGAGUGAAAAUUGAAGAUACAAGAGACUUUGCUUACUUCACUGUGAACACAGCAACACUGAACCAACAUGGCAUAUUGUUUAUUAAUUCCAUUUAUAACAUUUAAAAAAAAAAUCACACAUAAGCCCUAUCCGGACGGGAUUCGUUUCUCACAGGGACAACUGCGAAAAAUAUCACGUUUAGUAGCUUCUACAUUUCCACUCCCUGUUGUGUUUAUGUGAAUCUCCGUGGAAAUGCACGCCCCUAGGUGCAAUUACAGUGCAUAGCAGUGGACAAAUAGCUGUUUUAUUAAACACAAGGAGACGAAACUCAGAGAUGUGCGUCCGGAAGGGACUAAAAUCACCGGAGGAGCACAGAGUUCAGUUAAAAACAGUAGGUAAUUCAGCCUGUCAUUUUCUCAGAGGACGUCUGAGAAAAACACGUACAUGGUUGUUUUGGACGGGAAUAAAAUCCACAGAGGACCCCUAUAAAAGAGAAAAUGAUCUCUCUGAGAAACGAAUCCCGUCCGGAUAUAGCUAUAGAGUUGUGUCAUACAAUAUAGUAUAUAUUUUCCUUCAUGUUUAAAGCCCUAUGUUUGUAAAUACUAUCUGUAUUUUGUACUUGUUUGUCAUUUGUAAUGGGAAAGGGGUCUUUUCAAACAUGCCAUAUACAAUCUGAAAAGUUGGGACAGCAUGGAAAAGAACAUUUAAAAAGUAUUUCUUUCAUUUACUUUGACUUUUUUGAUUGCAGACAGUAAGACCCCAAGAUAUUUCCUGUUUUGUAUAGUUAACUGGUAGCACUUGUUAGCAGAGCUUCAGUCAAUAUUUUUUCAAACUGUGCCGUACGUCACAGAAACCUGUGUGGGAUGUAGCCUUUGAAUUUGCACACUGUCAUUCCCCCAGUACCAAGCAAUGAAAGGUUUUAGGUGUUGUUUUAUCCCAGUAUUCCUGCAAACACUUCCUUAAGGUGUGUUACAGUUUAGGUUGUUAUCAUAUGGGGACAGGUCAAGAUUAAAGGCAGGCCUGUAAUCUCUUAUUUCACUGUAGGGUUUACAUUAGGCAGCUGCUUUGUACUGUAAAGAUUUAAGUGUUCUUUAUGAAUGUAACUCUGUAUAAGAGUGCUUGACAAAUGAUUGUUAAAGUUCAUGUGGCUCUAUCAACUGUUCUUGAAUUAUUCUUGAUAUUAUGCACUGUAGAUAUAGAAAUAUGCAAAUCACCUUCAAUCUUCCUUUGAGGAACAUCAUUUUUAAACAUUCAGUAAAUUUUGCUUCAAACUACAAAGCCUCUGCCCACCUUUGCUCCUUAAUGACCUUGUUUAACCCAACAUAAAUAACAAAUUAUUUUGAUUUUUACCUCAUUAAUAGUGAUAAAUUUCCUUUUUUAAUUAGCUGCAGACCUGAUUUGCAGAAAUGGAAAGUAACUUGGGUACACACUGUCUGCAAUAAAAAAAAAGUCAAGUAAAGGUAUUUUAUAUGUUGCUUUCCAUGCUGUCCCAGCAUUUUUCUGAUUUGGAGUUGUACAUACAGCAAAAAAUAACAUAAACAUUACAAUUCAUUAGAAAUUACUGGACUUGUGUCCUUUGUGUGUAAAAUAUGUCACUUAGAUAAUGUUUUCUUUUGAUAUAUUACAUAUAUAUUAUUAAAUCAGUGCUAAGAAAGUGUGUGUGUUUUAAUGCAGCCCUGGGUGUGAGAGUUAAGAAAUUAUAGCCCAAAGCCAUUUUACAUUUAAUACAUUUUCAUAAAGCAUAUGAAAAAUAACAUCCUGCUGUUGUAAUUUGACCUUAUUUACACAGUUUCUCACUGCUACUGGUUGCCAGGAUUCUUCAUGUAAUUCUUUUGUCUUUAAGAGAGCUCAGUUACUCUAACUUACAGUGUUUUAUCAGUCUACUCAUGCUUUAGCAAAGUUUAAGGCUACAUCUGUACCUACUACCUAUACUGGAACGUAAUGCAUGGAAUUAAAUCUGUAUAUAUUUAAAACAA